GCAGCGCUCACCCUCCCCGUCACCUACUCAACGAUUUUACCGUCAACCCGUAGCACCACCGCUUUACGAAUCGUUACGUCCGACCCUUUCUCCCCUACGCCGCCGCAACAACAAUCAACAGGCUAUUUUUAUCCCCCAUAACACAUGCUUACGUCGAAUAUAUAUAUAUAUAUAUAAAACAAUAACAAUAUCAUUAUCAACUGUUUUUAUUAUUAUUACUAUUAUUAUUAUUAUUAUUGCCGCCGCCGAAAUUUCCGUCUUCGCCGCAGCACCAGCACUGAGUACUUUGAACAUACAGCGACGAGACGAUGCCCUUCCUCCUCUACAACUGUAGUAAUACGAGCAGCAGUAGCAGCAGCAGCAGCAGCAGCAGCAACGGCAUCGUCAUCGUCGUUAGCAGCAGCCGCUUCUUCACCAGUCUGCCGACUCUACGACCCUAGUUUUAAUUCUAUUCGUGCCGACGAAAAUAGUUUUUUGAGACCGACGAGAAGUCUCGUCCAAAACAAUCCCCGCACGCCUACAGUCGCCCCCGCACAACCCGUCGAGCAAUCUGACGAACACGCGACUGACAACUGACCUAGACACUCCACGGGCAGAAGUAUUAACGAUGCCUCCAGACAUAAGCGAUCGUACGCGCGUGAGCGGCGACAAAUUAUUGUACAGUCGUGUCGUGCCGUCCACCAUGCCGGGUGUUUGCAGUGAUCCAAACUUUUUCGAGACCACUGUAGAACCGCUGCUCGCGGCCGGCCGCGAGGGCGACCUAUGUGAAUGGCUUAAGAAAAACGGACUAAUAGCCAAGGAACAGAAGUGCCCGAACAACGAGUGUCUGACCACAGAAAAAAUGCAAUGGCAUCGCGCACGCGUUGUCGACAAGUUCAAUUGGGUGUGCCUGGAGUGCAAGAAGAAGGUGCCAGCUAGGCACGCAUCUUUCUUCGCCGACUUUAAAUGUGAACUGGGUUAUGCUUUGAAAAUCAUUGACAGUUGGUGUAAGAAUAUGCCGCUCAGUGAUGUCAGUGGAGAAGGUAGAACCAAAGUAAAUGUGGCUAAACGUAUUUAUAAUGGAUGUGCUCAAGUGGCCGAAUGGCAUUUGAAAAAAAUUGUCGGCGACUUCAAGCUGGGUGGCACUGAUGUUGUAGUCAUCGUAGAUGUGUUUCCAGAUGGCAACAUGAGUUUAGAAGUACCAACCACGUCCCAUAAUAAUAACUUUUCCAAAAGAGUGUUGUGCAUUGCUGAUACGGCUCACGUUCCUGUUCGUGUGUGGGCAAGCCUUCUAGAUGGAUCUAAUAAAGAGAAUUCUAAAAUUGUAGAAAUGGUCAAAAAUCAUGUAAUGCUGGGUUCAACUAUUGUGACAAAUGAAAUGUUGUAUCCAUUAUUGCACAAUUUACCUGGAAUAGGAGAAGUCAUAAGCACAGAAGCAUUGAUGAAUUUAGACAUUAACCAUGAUCACAAAUCUUUAAAAAAUUUAGAAACUAUAUGGGCAACCACUGUGGAAGCCUGUAUUCAAUUACAAGAUAUGUCUACAACACAUGCUGAACAACAUCUAUACGAACUACAGUGGAGACAGAUGUAUGGAUUUAUUGCUUUUCCAUCCAUUAUACAACAGAUUGUUGAGUAUACAGCUUACAACAACCCAAUAUGUCCACCUUUGCCAAGUAUAUGGCCUACAAAUUAAAUCGAUUGAUAAGUACAAAUGUUAGCUUAGUGCUAAACCCACCGUUUAAUAUUAUAUACAUGGUAAUUUAUGUCAAUUAUUCUAUGACAUGACUAUUGUUAAAUUUGAAAAAGUUAAUUUUUAAAUUUUGUUCAUAGCAAUUCUUUUAAUGAUAUCUGGUACUAAUUUAAUUUUUAAAUGAAACAAUAAUUUGCUGAGUAAAAAGA